GACACGCUGUUCCGUUCCGCUGUUCCGGCCUGAAGGUCAGGAGUCUCAGGCCCAGCCCACCUCAGGGAGAGAAGGAAGGGCCUGGUCUUGUCUUAUUCUAGAAGUCUGAACCCUGUGAGACAGAAGGGAGAACUCACAAGGGACCACACUGCUGUCCACAUUCCUCCUCAUGGCUGAACUCCUGCCCCUGCUGUCUUGGACUCCCCAGGAGGCCCAGGGAGGUGACCAGGGCUCACCUGGUUCUCCGGCAGAGCAGCAAACACAGGCUGACAGUGUCCAGGACCUAGCUCCUAAAUCCUGGAGGCUCUUGGGGGUGCCUGCUAUUCACAUAACUCCAUCCAGCGAUGUGGAGUCACCUCCAGGCUCCCCAAGCCCACCACGCUUUCAGAGAAUGAAGACUCCGGACCCGGAGUGUCCAUCUCAGGACAGCACCACACCCCAUUCCGGCCGGAGCUCACCAAGCAGCUCCCCGUCUCUUCGGAAACGGCUGCAGCUCUUGCCCCCAAGCCGACCUCCUCCUGCUCCUGAGCCAGAACCAGGCACCAUGGUGGAGAAGGGGUCUGAUAGCUCCUCAGAGAAGAGUGGUGUGCCUGGGACCCCCAGCACCCAGAGCCUGGGCAGCCGGAACUUCAUCCGUAACAGUAAGAAGAUGCAGAGCUGGUACAGCAUGCUGAGUCCGACGUAUAAACAACGCAAUGAGGACUUCCGAAAACUGUUCAGCAAGCUCCCUGAAGCAGAGCGCCUCAUUGUGGAUUACUCCUGCGCCCUGCAGCGGGAGAUCCUCCUCCAGGGCCGCCUCUACCUCUCCGAGAACUGGAUAUGUUUCUACAGCAACAUCUUCCGCUGGGAGACCACAAUUUCCAUCCAGUUGAAGGAAGUGACCUGUCUGAAGAAGGAAAAGACUGCUAAGCUCAUCCCCAAUGCCAUUCAGAUCUGUACGGAGAGUGAGAAGCACUUCUUCACCUCCUUUGGGGCCCGAGACCGCUGCUUCCUCCUCAUCUUCCGCCUCUGGCAGAACGCGCUGCUUGAAAAGACACUGAGUCCCCGCGAGCUUUGGCACCUGGUCCAUCAGUGCUAUGGCUCGGAACUGGGCCUUACCAGUGAAGAUGAAGACUAUGUCUGCCCCUUACAACUGAAUGGUCUUGGGAGUCCCAAAGAGGUAGGAGAUGUGAUUGCCCUCAGUGACAUCACCCCUUCAGGGGUGGCUGACCGCAGCCAGGAGCCAAGCCCUGUGGGCUCCAGGCGUGGCCGGGUUACCCCGAACCUCUCUCGAGCCAGCAGUGAUGCAGACCACGGGGCCGAGGAGGACAAGGAGGAGCCGACAGCCAGCCAGCUGGAUGCCUCCUCCAGCCAGACAGCGACCCCAGUAACAGAACCUCCGAAUACUGAGCCAGCCCCACCAGAUGGACCCACGUCCCUGGGCCCCUUGGAUCUGCUGUCCAGAGAGGAGUUAUUGACAGACACGAGUAACUCAUCUUCAUCCACUGGGGAGGAAGGUGACCUGGCCGCCCUGCUUCCCGACCUCUCUGGCCGCCUCCUCAUCAACUCCGUCUUCCACAUGGGUGCUGAGCGGCUGCAGCAGAUGCUCUUCUCCGACUCGUCCUUCCUGCAGGGUUUCCUGCAGCAGUGCAAGUUCACAGAUGUGACCUUGAGCCCCUGGAGCAGCGACAGCAAGUGCCACCAGCGUAGAGUCCUGACCUACACUAUCCCCAUCAGCAACCCGCUGGGCCCCAAGAGCGCCUCUGUGGUGGAGACGCAGACGCUGUUCCGGCGUGGCCCGCAGGCUGGCGGGUGCGUGGUGGACUCCGAGGUGCUCACCCAGGGCAUCCCUUACCAGGACUACUUCUACACUGCCCACCGCUACUGCAUCCUGGGUCUGGCCCGGAACAAGGCCCGGCUUCGUGUGUCCUCAGAGAUCCGCUACCGAAAGCAGCCGUGGAGCCUUGUGAAGUCUCUCAUUGAGAAGAACUCGUGGAGCGGCAUUGAGGAUUACUUCCACCAUCUGGAGCGAGAACUCGCCAAGGCAGAGAAGCUGUCCCUGGAGGAAGGAGGGAAGGAUGCUCGUGGCCUACUGUCAGGCCUGAGGAGGCGGAAGCGACCCCUGAGCUGGAGGGGGCACGGAGAUGGGCCUCAGCACCCGGACCCAGACCCCUGCACCCGGACCAGCAUGCACACCUCAGGUUCUCUCAGCUCUCGCUUCUCGGAACCACCCCUAGAUCAGGGCCCCGGGGCAGGCAUCCCCAGUGCCUUGGUUCUCAUCAGCAUCGUCCUCAUCAUCCUCAUCGCCCUCAAUGCCCUCCUCUUUUACCGUCUCUGGGCUCUGGAGAGAACAGCCCACACCUUUGAGUCCUGGCACAGCCUGGCACUGGCCAAGGGCAAAUUCCCCCAGACCGCCACGGAGUGGGCCGAGAUCUUGGCUCUGCAGAAGCACUUCCACAGUGUUGAGGUGCAUAAGUGGAGGCAGAUCCUCAGAGCAUCCGUGGAGCUCCUGGAUGAGAUGAAGUUCUCCUUGGAGAAGUUACAUCAAGGCAUCACCCUCCCGGAUCCUCCACUGGACACUCAGCCACAGCCUGAUGACAACUUCCCCUGACGACUCCUGAUCGAAAAGCAGUUACCCCCCCCCCCAAGUGGACAGAAGGACGUACGGAACCCUGGCAGCCACUGCUGGCACGGUGCGAACACCGCCGGGAGGUUCCCGCCUGCCCCUCCCAGUGGCCUCGCCAAGAGUCACACAGACCUGGGGACCAUAGAACCAAGAUGCACUUUAGAUCUGUGUGCGCGUGCGCGCGCGCAUGCGCGAGUUCAGCUGCCACUGCCUGCUCAGCCAGGGAGCUGGCCCGGCCAUUGGCAGCCUCUUUCCCCCCAACUAACUUAUUUUGCCCAGCUGGGGUUGUGGGGGGCACCUUUUGGGGUGCACGAGGCCCUCAUCUCUGGGUUUAAUGUAUUAUAUUUAUUUGGGGAUAGCAACCUCAAUAAAGGGUUGGAAACGGC